AUGAUCCCGACGGUACUACCGUAUCCGUCGGCAAAAAGUCGUCGUCUAGCCAAAUUAAAAGACAUCCAAGCUGCUCGUCGCCUUGAUGCGGAGACGGCUCUAUCAACUGACCACGAAUCGAGCCGCACGGGGCUUACAUCCAACACGAGCUCAAGUGAACUUUUCACCGAUGAUGCAGCUUGCCUGCUAGAACCCGAGGUCACUGAAGGUCCGCUGGAGAGCUCAUCCGUUCAGAUAUUCGCGAGGAUCAACCAGGCAUUGAUCUUGCUAUGCCGUACGUAUUGA